CAUGAUGAAACAUGGCGGUGCACACGAAAAGUAGACGUGAAUGCAGACUUCUGCUUAUUCUAUCGUCUGUUUACUUAUUUUGUUUAAUUCGUGCAGAUGAUUGUUUCGUACCAGGAUAUGACAUGGCCAAUCUGACUGAUGCCAGUUCAUGGACAUUCAGCAGCAACAAGACAAACUGCCUGUCAAACGGAACUGUUGUGGACAGCUGUGUGAAUGAGAUGACUUUCUGCAAAGCCUUGACAGGCUCCAAACAUUGCCAGGAUGCUAGUGUUUGUCAAGUCAGUGAUGGCAAAGAAUACAAACUGGCUGGUUUCUUGUUUAAACCAUUCAUAAAAUUACCUGAUCCAUCUCUUGGGUUCAGGACUAACUUCCCUCUUGGAGAUGAGUAUACCCACAAUAAGACUUCCUGUAAGCUGAACACCACCAUCAACUUCCGGUGCAACUUACUGAAGCCUUGGCCGGAAGGUGAAAGUGGAAGCAAGCAGAAAGUUCCAUAUGAACCAGAAAUUCUGUUCCUUCCUGAUAAAUGCCUGUACAACAUUACAUUUGAAUUUGCUGGAGCGUGUCUUCAGACUAUUCCUUCGACAAUCACAAACCAAAUGAGUGCUGGAUCGGUCUUGGUUAUAAUAUUCUUUGUCUUUGUGUUGUCCUACUUUGUGUUUGGUUCCAUGUGGAACAUUGCCUGUCGUGGCGCUCGAGGGAAGGAGGUGGUGCCAAACGUGGAGUUCUGGACCGAUCUGCCGGUGUAUAUUGCUGAUGGGUUUUUAUUUACAUUCCGCUGUGGUCAAGUUGAACCUUCAUCGUAUGAGAGUAUUUGAGGAUGCUGCAUGUUCUGUGAAGGAAAAGCAAGUUUGGGUCUAUCAAGAAGCUGCUCAAACAUGGUGGUGAUAUGACAGGAAGCUUAUGUUAUGACAGGAAGCUAAAUAUUAUAUCUUCUAUCAUGUUUAUCAGAAGCUGUUCUGCUAAAAUCUCAUCCAGUUACAUUCUGUGAUAAGACGAAUCAAUCUCCAAACUGCAAUGUGUACAAGAAUCAGGUUAGCUCAACAAACACAUACCACUGGUGCUGUAGUGUGUCUAUGCAUGGGAAAUACUGUAGGAGAAAUCAUAGGGUCAAACUGAUUCUAUUAAUGUUAUCAAGCAAGUGAUUAGAUAACUGAAAUGUUGCUCUCAAUACAGGGUGUUGUUUGGCUAAGAAUAAUCACCCUUUUUCAUCAUCCCAUUUUGUACAUGCAUUCAGAGAAGUUAUAUUGAUACUGUGUAUUGGUUUGGUGUAGUGCAAAGCUACACAUUGUAGCAAUUUUCAUCUUACAUGUGAUAAGGUGAAUGGAAUAAGUGCCUAGUUGUUUUUGUCAAAAUUCUGUAAAUUAGAUUUGUGGUGGCAGUAGUAAGUUUUUGACUGUUGUAUGAAACCUAGCCUCCCCUGUAAUCAUUGAUGUGUAUAGAAUGAUGAAAUACUUGUAAAUAGGGGAGGUAACCCUGCUCACAUUUAGUCUUCCAUGAUGUUGGUGAAAAAAAUUAUUUAGAUUUGCAUACAAAUAAAUAUUGGCUUAAAGCAUAGGUUUGAAAGAAUUUUGCUGACAGUAAAGUUUAUGAAGAUGAGCUGUCAUGUUUUCAUCCUCAGACUUGGAUCAACAACAUUUCUUUGUCAGCUUCCAGUUUAUCAUCUGUUUUCUGUCUGCCAAAGCUGGAGUAAGGAGCAGGAAGUAUUAUAUUUCACUGAAACAAGUGAAGCCUUGGAUAGUUUCAGAAUGAAAUUGUAGUUUCUGUUUGGGAACUGUUGUUUAUAUUCUGUAAAUAAUCCCUCACAUCUGUGCUGAUGCCCUGUUUGUUCAGUGAAACAUGCAUCUUAAUACAAAAGACACAAAUAUAGACUGGUGUAUUAUAAUAAAUAUCUGAUCAUAUAUUCAUAUUUCUUUCAAUCUUAUGUCAACACAGGACAUAGCAAGUUCAACACAGAAAGUUAUUGAAUUAAGUGUAUAUGUUUUAUUUCUUACAUAUUGGUAACAUAGUUUGUUUACAUCUCUGUUCAUGUCAAUAGUGCAUGAAGUAAAGUGAAUGGGGCCUUUAACAAAUGGAUGUUGAUACAUAUCCAACCAUAACAUAGCUGGAAAAUACAAGUCUUUGUAGGGGUUCAUGAGUCUCAGACUAAUGUAAUAGUAACCAUGUUUUAAUGUAUCGAUAAGAGAGCACUUUGACAACCAAGUGUACUAUUAGAUCAGUUGGCUUGGCAGAAACAUUUAUUUCUAUGUGUCAUUGUCAAUCACCACAUUAAAGACUUUGGACAUGGUUUGAAUUUAAGAAAGUAUUUUUGGUACAAGGUAUAUUAUCUCAGGUAUGCUUGUUUGUCAUAGUAAACAUCAGUAUCAUUGUCAUGUCUGUUCAUGUACAUGUGUUUCUCCAUGAAAUCUUCCACAUAUGUUGUGCUGCUUCUGAUUUAAUAUUCAAGAAUAUCAAUAGAACUGAUAAAGCAUUGUUUUUGUCAGUUUGUUUAUAAUCCA